UACUGUUCCCGGCGGGCCCCGGGGCGCCGGAGCCAGCCCGAGCGCUGCGUGUGCAGCCUGGGAGCUGUAGUUUUCCCUUCAGCGCGGAGCCGCCAUGCCGGAGGGGAAGGCCGCGCUCCGGGAGGUGCUGCCCAAACAAGGGCAACUAGCGGUGGAAGACGCUCCCACUAUGGUGCUGUGCAAGCCCAAGAUCCUGCCGCUCAAGUCCGUGUCUCUGGAGAAGCUGGAAAAGCUGCAGCGGGCGGCGCUGGAGGCGGCGCGGCCGCCCGAGGGGGCACCGCCGUCCCGGCCCUAAUGCCGGCCCCGGCCCUUGCGGCGGCCGCACCCGCGACCACAGGUUCCUUUUCUCCCUGCUGUGACCUGCAUGUGUGGCUGACACAGCUGACUCUCCCCUCAGCACAGCAGCAAUCUCCAUCCAUCAAUCCAGCAGGACAGACAGAGGCAAGUCUCACCCUCAGGGCAGCACGUAGGCUUGCUGUGCUGCCCGCCACUCACCGCAGGCUUUACUCUCCUCAAGUAUUUCUCUCAGCCUCCCCAGAACAGGUUUGACAUCACUGCAGCAUCUUAAUAAACUUUUUACCAGUCCAA